AUGCGCGGGAGUUGUGAUGCCGCGGAGAUGGGGGAGGAGGGUUGUGAGGUAGAGACAUCGAAUGGCGGUGUAACGGGCGGUGGUGGUAACAAGGGCUUCGAGAACAUCGUGGCGCCAGAGCUCGCGCCCGGCCCUAAGAACCGGCUGGACGCGUACCUCACAGCGCUCGAUAAGCUAUCGGACGCGCUACGGUUCUUCGAGGUGCACAGCUAUCUGGGCAGCUGCCGCACCGAGCUGCGGCAGGGGAGGGGGCUGAUGGACGAUGCGGUGGGGCGACUGAAAGAGGAGUUCGGAGAGGUGCUGUCCGGUGCAAGCCUGGUACCUGAUCGAAAGGCGCUCGUCCAAUCAGCAGCGUGCAUGAAGCCAGGCGAGGUGGUGCAGCCCGUGCCUCUGGUUCGGCCCGAGGCUGUGAAGCAGCUUCGGGCCAUGGCGGCAUGGAUGGUGGGCAAUGAGUACGAGGCAGCAUGCCUUCGAGUGUACGAGGAGCAGCGGGCAGCAGCGCUGCUACGGUGUUUGGAGCGGCUGGGCAGUGCAGCGCUGACGCGCGACGAGGUGGUGGCGCUGCCCUGGACCGACCUCGAGCCCCUCAUGAAGCGCUGGGUCGAGAACCUCAAGCUCACGAUGCUGGUGCUCAUUGCAGCGGAGGACGCCGUGUGCACCGACAUCAUCGGCCGGGGCCCCACCCCCUCCCCCUCGGCGCGCGCGCGGUGCCUGACGGGAGUGGCGGUGCCGGCGCUGAAGCAGCUGCACGCGUUUGGCGACAUCAUCGCUGACAUGCCGCGCGCCCCCGAGCACGUCUUCUCCCUGCUCGAGAUGGUCGAGGCGCUGCUCGACCUGCGCCCCGCUGUGGAGAAGCAGUUCCCUGGGGAGGCGGGCGGGGAGGUGCGGCAGCAUCUGGUGGGCAUCUGCGCGGCGCUGUGUCGCACGGUGCGGGGCACCAUCGCUGACUUCCAGCACAUCGGGGGCGAGGAGAGGAAGGGGGAGGAGGGCGGGGAGGGGAAUUGGGAGGAGGAUGUGGACUGGAGCCACAGAUCGGAUUCCAGCCAUCGAUCUCACCACGGGGGCGGUGGGUCGCACAAUCGGACGGUGAGCGGCAGCGCGUCGAGUGGGAGGGGCAUUUUGGGGGGCCUGCUGCCGAAGAAGGUCAGCAAGGGGCAUGAGGAGGGCAAGGGCGAGGCACGGGGGAAGAGCAAGGCGGAGGGCAAGGAAGGUGGGGGGUCGGCGGGGCAGGAGGUGGUUGUGAGGGGCAGUCCAGACGUGCACCCGCUGACAAGCUACGUGGUGAACUUUAUCCUCCUCUACUUCGACGAGACGCUGUACCUGGGCACGCUGCUGCUGGUGUACGACGAGGGGGGCGACCAGCACGAGGGCGCCGUGCGAGUGGGCGCCGCCACGCGCCACCUGCUGGCGGCGCUCAAGGCGAAUCUGGAGCGCAAGGGAGACGCGUUCCACGAUGAGGCGAUGCGCGCCGUGUUCCUCAUGAACAACUGCGAGUACAUCCAGCGCAAGGUGGAGGAGCAGCAUGUGAAGAUGAUCCUUGGGCGGGCGUGGGUGGAUGAAAACGCCAAGGACCUUGAGAAGCACCGAGACAUCUACAUUCGAUGUAUUGUGAAUAAGGUGGCGGGUGUGCUGUCAGACCACCGGGGUGACGUGGCGGCGUUCACAAAGCGAGUGCAGGCGCUGCACGCGCUGCUGGAGGGCGUGCAGGCACAGCAGAGUGGGUGGAGCAUUGGGAAUGCCGACCUGCGUGCGUUCGUGCGGGGAGAGGUGGCCUCGCAGGUGCUGCUCAGAUACUCCGACUUCCUCGACCGCCACAGGGGACUCCCAGUCCCGUGUUGCGGUGCUGUUGAGGCGGUGGAGGGCGCGUGCUGA